AUAUGGCGGCGAUAGCGGGAAGUGGUCACGAUGUAACGUAUCUCGGACUUUUGGGCCUAGCAGAAACAUUCAGAACGUCUGACCCACCUAAGAUAAGACAAUGUAUACAGUGCCUUCAAUCUGUAUUUCAAUUUCAACCGUCAUCAGCAAUCCAGGCUGAAACGCAUGUACAACUUGGAAGGCUUCUUCAUUCGCAUACGAAAAAUAUAGACAUGGCCCGGUCACAUUUGGAAAAGGCGGUCGUUCUAGCUCAAUCUCUGGGAAUUGGUUAUGAAGAAAUUCGGUUGGAAGCCAUGUCCGUUUUGACAGAAAUUUAUAAAGAACAGAGCCAGUAUCAACUAGCAAAGUCUACUCUGCGGCAGGCUCUAGAGGUUGCCCAUGCCAGCAUUUUGCCUUUUUGGCAAUUCAAGAUCACUUUCCAGUUAGCUGAUGUGCAUGCGAAUGACAAAGAGCUGAAGGCUGCAACAGAAGUCCUGGAAAUGGGAGAGAGAUUUGCAGAACAGUGUUGUUCACAUUACAUGAAGUGUCUUUUUGCAUUGAGCAGAGCUAUGGCAUUUAUGAUGAUUAAAGAAUUGAAUCAUGCAACUUCCAUCUUGUCCAUGAUUGCAAGUGUUUUGGAACGAUGGAACAUUUCAAAUUACCAGCGAGAAUCAAUCCAUGUGUUUUACUUAUUGUUAAGAGUGUGGACCUUUUUAAAACUUGGACAGGCAAAGAGUGUUCGACCACAUUUAAAGCAACUGCAACAAUCAAUACAACUUUUGACAACUCUCAGUUUGGAUGAAUCACAAAUCCAUGAGGCAGAACGCUUUGAAUGGCUCACUAAAGAACAUCUUUGUGUUCUGGUUUAUUUGGUAACUGUAAUGCACUCCAUGUAUUCGGGGUCUAUGGAAAAGGCAAUCAAAUACAGUGAGAAGGCUCUCCUUCAAGUGCAAAGGUUAAAAGCUGCUGAACCAAUCUCUGGACUGUUAUCAACUUUUAAACUGGUGCUUCUAGAACACAUGAUUCUUUGUAGAAUGGUGCAAGGACAGAUGCCACAAGCUAUAAAAGAGAUUUCACAAGUUUAUCAAAUUGCUCAACAAGAUGGAAAGUUUUUAACAGCCCAUCAAUCUGUCAUUCACACUCUUUUGGGUUUAUAUGCAAUGUCCAUGAAUCUUAUGGAUUCAGCAGUGGCACAAUUCAAUGUUGCCUUUGAGACCAGCAGAGAGCCAGAACUGAGAAAUUUCAUUGGUUUGAAUAUGGCAAUUAUCUACAUUCGAUCUGGAAUGGGAGGAAAUCAAAAUAUAAAGCUCCAAAAUCUUUUAGCAAAGAUAAGACCAGAUCAGCUUCCUUCAGGGUCAUACAGUCACCAGGCAGGUUACUACUAUAUCAGAGGAUUACAAUCAUUCUUUGAUUCACAUUUCAUGGAUGCCAAAAAAUACCUGCGUGAAACUUUAAAGAUGGCAAAUUCUGAAGAUCUCAACAGACUAACAGCUUGUUCAUUGGUCUUGCUAGGAAGCACAUUUUUAUCUCAAGGGAUUACCCAGGAGGCCCUUGACAUGGCUUUGCCUGCAAAUCAACUGGCUGGCCGUAUACCAGACUCUUACAUAAAUAUGUGGGCUGCAUCACUUCUGAGAGAUCUGUAUGGAAUCAUGGGUGACCCUGUUUCUGCCAGUGAAUACUAUCAGCUACACAAUAGCCUUACCAAGCAAUUGUUGGAAAGUCAUAUGCAAGCUGGUCAGAUGCCAGAGCACAGACUUACUGAGUGGCUUGGUGGUAUCAGCCCUUCAAGACAAUCUGCAACCAAGCAGACAACAGGUUUGCUAACAACCUUUCCUCAAGCUGGGCCUAGUAGCAUGAUGUAACAUCCUUGGAUCUGGACUUGUCUCAAAUGAGAGAACAGUUGAUUGGUGCAUUGUGAUAAAAUUUCAUUACUUAUCCACACUGAAAAUAUAUAGCAAUACUAUAGAAACAUAGACAUAUGUGUAUGUUCAUACAUGUAAAUGUUUUCAAAUACCCUUUUCCAGAUUCCAAAUGGUGGGAUGGUUAUCAUCAUCAAAUGUUUAUCUUGAAUAGUUUUCAUUGGCAUCUCUUUAUAAAUGGUGACAUCCUUAGUAUGACAGUUUGAGUUUUUCAAGACGAUUCUAAUUUUAUGACUCAAUUUGUUCACCUAUCCAUGAAUCUGUAUAUUACUUGUGAGAUCCAAGCAUUUCUACAUUGUUUUCAACAAUGGUGUCAUGAAAAACUGCAGACCAUAGGAUAACCAAGAAACAACUACUUUACUCUGUCUGACAGUGGCAUUAAAAGGAUUGUUGUCACCAUAUACAAACACUUCAUAAUGCACAAAGCAUUGAUGGACUUUUUUCAUGAAGACUUCUCUCAUUAAUUUUCAUAAAUAUUUUUUUAAUUUGAGCACAAGUACAAAAUAAUUUAAUUUGAGAGAAUAUGUAAAUAUGUACAUAAAUAUAUACCUAAUUUAUGAAUAGUCUUUCUAUUACUUAAAAUCAAAAUCAAUCUGAAUUGUCAAAGCUAGUAAUGAAAUCCAAACAUGCGCAUGCAAUAAGCUAGUGAAAGAGUAACUUUUUCAUGUACUAUUAGUUUUCACCAAUUUGCUGCUUGCCAUUACAGGAAGUGAAUAUCACUGAAGGUUGGUCCACCUAAAGUGAGCAAGUCCCCUCUUUUCCUCCAAACCCCUUCCCUUAGCCUUUGCUGUAAAUGUAGUUCCUGAACCAAUUUUUUUGUGCAACAGGUCUUUUCUCAUCUUUUGCCCAAAAACUGGAACAGGGACUCCUUGCAUAUUGAAAGUUUUUUUUUAAAUUAAGAAUGGGGAAGUCCAAAGGAUUUGUUCUUCAUAGUUAUUUUAGUUCCCUUCAAACUGAUGAAUCACCCUGUGUACAACAAGUUUAAAGUUGUUGAUAAUUUCUGUCAGUCAGGAUUUUAUUUUACACACCCUAGUAGACAAUUAUGAAAGAAUCUGUAUGUUUACACUGUGUUUAGUGCCAUCCUUCAGUUAUGUUUGCCAAUAAAAAUUGUAAAGCAAAUUUCAGUUAAGAAUCAGUGAAAUUGCCUCCCAAGCAAUGUAAUGGUAUAGCUCUAAGACAAAAAUGAGAAGGGUUUUACUGAAAUAAUCACUGAAUUAGCCAAGCUGCACAUUAUCAGCAGUACUGGUAAUUUUAUAAAAAUGCUGUAGCAAGUGAGAUGGCUCCUCCCAUAAGCUUGGGGGGUGGGACUUUAGGUCUUCUCAUGAAAUAUUAUUAUCAUGCUGUAAAUGUAUUUAUUAUUAUAGUUAAAGAGGCAAAUAAAAUUAUGAUGAU